AUGACAGGGAGAAUGAAACAGCUUGGAGAAGAACUGAGUAAAUAUCAAGACCUAGUGACAGCAAUCCAAGAAAUGAUACUUCCGGAGGGUGUUAUGAAGACUGGAAAUACCCACAUGUUCUUUAACAGCAAUGAGCGAAGUCAGGCCUGGACUUCGGCGGUUGGAUUUUCUGUCCACAAUAAAAUGAUAUCAGCUGUCAACAAAUGGGCUCCAAUAAGUGACCGCAUAUGUUGGAUGAUUUUAAAUGCUAAACCAUCUAAGAUCUCCCUAGUGAACUGUCAUGCUCCAUCAGAGGAUGCUGAUGAGGAAACAAAGAAUGAUUUCUACCUUGAACUAGAGAAUGUAGUAGACAGACUACCAAGACAUUCAAUUCACUUGAUAAUGGGAGACUUCAACGCUCAAGUGGGAAGAGAAGUACAGUAUCGUCCAACGAUUGCCCCAGAUUGA